AUGGCGGAGGGGUCAAAUGGUGCCUAUCGUUUCUCCGACGUAGCCGGAGAACCUAUACGAAGAUUACCUCCCCUCAGAGGCUACGAGACUAUGCCACUCGUAUCGUUCGAAGAAGCAACACAACCUCUUAUACCACAUGUUCCCGAAAUCGAACAUAUGGUAGAUACUAUCCAAGGAAAUAAUAUUCAACCAGAAAAUGGAUUAAGCGCUGACGAGUCUUCGUCCAUUGCAUUGUACUCAAUGGAAUGGUCCCCACGAAAGAACUCAUUUUAUAUUAUCCUUAAUGACACGCUACGAAAUUCAAAGCGAGAAGCAUUACUGCCUCCAUGGCUCAAGUUUUUAAGGCUUUUUCUAACUGCUCUGUCGAAACUUUCACCGACUGGUCGUCGAACCAUCUAUCGAGGAGUCAAGUUAGAUCUACGAGAACACUAUAAAAAAGGUGCGCGAAUUGUUUGGUGGGGAUUUUCUUCGUGCACAACGACUGUUGAAGUUCUUGAAAACGAUGACUUUUUUGGCAAGAGUGGUACAAGAACAUUAUUUAGUAUUGAAUGCGACACAGGAAAGAACAUUAGUCAGCAUUCGUUCUAUCCAAAUGAAGAAGAAAUACUUCUUCUUCCUGGUAGUGAAUUCGAAGUCGUUUCAUCGGCUGACAUGGGAAAUAAAUUUAGCAUGAUUCAACUGAAGGAAAUCGUACCAAAAUUUCCACACAUAGCUCCCGUUGCAUCAUCAAAACCUUCAAUGAUCACCACCACUGAGGCAGCUACCGUUAUUACCAAGCCAGUAGCAGCAGCAGUGGUGCCAAAGCCAGCUCCUAAACCCAAACCUCCCGUACAACCAGUGAAGGUCUCCUAUGAAUCAAAAAAUAUAACCGAUGCCGAUAUUCAACGUGUAAUCAAGGAAGCAAUCGUACAACAACAAUGCACGGACCUUAAUUUAUCCUGGAACAAAAUUACAGCUGAAGGUGCUGUGAUGCUUGCUAAAGCAUUGCGAAAUAAUACGGUAAGAAACUUAUGUUAUGUAUCUCUUGACAAAAAAUACUUUGAAGACAUUUUAAUCUCAUAUACUUCAUUAUCAGAAUGGAAUCAUGAAUAG